UACAUAAUUCAAUUCACUUGAAUAACAGAUGCACUGCAGUUUGGUUUUUUUGCUUAUACAGAUUCAUCCCAGCUUGAGGUUCACUUGAACCACAUGAAUAAAAGAGAACAGACUUUGAUGAAAAUAUUUCAUGAUGAGCACGUUUUAUUAUUCUUCAGGAUAUCGUAAGGUGAUUGUUUUAUAUUUAGUCGCUGUCAUCGCCGUGAUCAUCGUUGUAUGCAUCACCAUCGUCGUCAUCAUCGUCAUCACUGACAAUCUCAACGUACUUGACUUUGGCCUUCACAGCUCUGGAAGGUUUUGAUGGCACUGACGUGGAUGCGGGUUUGCCUUUGGGAGCAGCCUUUUUGCCAUUUUUUGUGAGUGAUUGAAUUGGUGUGGCAUCAAACGGGUAAUCAAAUGGGUCGAUAUCGUCCAGCUGGGAGCUAGCGGGUGGUGCAGCCACUGUCUCUUUUUCAACCGUAGUAGCUUCCUCAACUGCAGGUUUCUUUUUCAUUUUCUCUUCCGAGUCACCAGAAUCAUCGUCAUGAUCGGUUCGUUUCUUUUUUGAUUUGGAAGUUGUAUCAGCUUCAACUCGACUUCUCUUCUUGGUCUGUUUGACAGCACCGGUAGCUUCAGGAAUAACAGGAUCCGGAAGC